AGAAGAAGUGAGAAAGCUAGCUGACCCUCUACAUAGAAGCUGAACGAGUCUUAAGGCUUAACUGUAUAAAAUAUCAGAUUAGCAAAAACUCCGAAAAUAAUUAACACCACAUCCUUCUAAAUCUGAAUUUAGGAAGGUAUAUAUAUAGCUUAAAAUAGAAUAUGGGAUACAUGCAAUUCUUAUAUUUAUGUAAACUUUUUUCUUUCUGUUUAUUAAUUUACUUUCUAAACACAAUCAAUUUGUUUUUAUCAUUUAAGAUGAAGAAAUUAUUUUUACUUACGUUUACAGUUCUAUUUAUCUUCACUGUUCUUGUGAUAGGAACUGUACAAGAAAAGCUAACUACAUGUAAUAGGUUUUUACCUAAAAAACCUGGAAAAUGUGUUAAAGAAGAUUGUGAUCGUUUGUGUAAGAAAAAAUGGCCAAAAACAAUUGUUGGUCGGUGCUGGCUACCAACAAAUGCUACCCAGUGCCUCUGUCAACUAUGUGGCACCAGAGCCGGCCCGUAGGACAAUCUGGUGAACCAACAGCAAGUGGUCCUUACUUUUAUAUUCAAAAUUUGGCCUUCUUUGUUAAAUUGAGGCAAAGUUUUUAGAAAUUUUUUGAGUUCAAACCUUCAAAAUAUAAAAAAGCAGCCUUUUUAUUUUUAGUUUGCAGCCUACUAAAUUUUUGGGACGGAUCUGUGUGGCGUCGCCAGCGAAAUUCCUUAAUUUUGUUUAUCCAUAAUAAAACUUAUAUUACUAAU